GUACAGUAGUGUACUUACUGUACCUUGCACAGAAAGUAUUAGUAAAUAAAUGCUAGCAAGGAAACGCAUAAGAGAUUUGAGGAAAACUCAAAAAGCACUUCUAUCAAGAAUUGUAGGUAGCAUUGAUUGUGAUAACUGGUUUGAUCAGGCUUUAUCGUUACCGAUAAGACCUCGUUUAGUCUUGAAUGAAAACUAUAUUCUUCCUGAAAUAAGCAGACUCACAACGGAAUACAUUAACAAGAAAUACUACAAAUAUUUUGAAAACAACGAAGAAGAUUCUGUUUCUUCCUUAAGAGCUAAUUUUUCGGUUGCUCUUCUUUCAGGAAAAAUUUAUACAACUUUUAAAGAGCUUUUGGGAAAUUUUGAAGUUCCUGUUUGUAAGGAAAAAGAUCCCGAUCUUCGAUAUUCUUAUGAAAAGCUGUAUCACCCCGUAAAAAUAGCUUCAGCAAUUUUUGAGAAAGUCGAUUCUUGCAUAGAAGAUUACAAAACUUUUACACCGACAAGAGAAUCUGAAGAGCGGACAACUGAAUUUGGUGAAGUACUUUUUGCUUGCGAUCAAGGACGAAGAACAACCAUGGAGGACAAGCACGUGAUUAUUCCGCACUUUAAUGAGCAAUUUGGCCUUGAAAAUUACGAAAAACAGUCUUACUUUGCUAUCUUUGACGGCCACGCGGGCGUAGAAGCUGCCAAUUUUGCGAAAAUUCACCUUCAUUUUAACUUAAUUCAUCACAAAUUAUUUAAAGACGACGUUGCCUCCGCUUUAGUAGAGGCUUUUGCCCAGACAGACAAAAUGUUUCUAGAGAACUCCGCUAUCGAAAACACUACAAGCGGUUGCACGGGAAUUGUAAUGUUUUUGAGAGGAAGAAAAGUCUAUGUCGCAUGGCUUGGUGAUUCUCAGGCUCUUAUUUGUCGAGAUGGCUAUCCUCUAGAAGAUAUCUGCAGUCCUCACCGACCAGAGAGAGAGGACGAGAAAAAGCGGAUAGAAAAGGAAGGAGGGAUUGUCGUGCAUUUUGGAGCUUGGCGAGUUAACGGAGUUCUUUCUGUUUCUCGCGCUAUAGGCGACUCCCAGUUAAAAAAGUUUAUUAUAAGUAAAGCAGACGUGUCAAGCAUAACACUAGAAGGAAAUGAGGAUUUUGCUGUUCUUGCUUGUGACGGGCUUUGGGAUGUAAUAAACUCCAACGAAAUAAUCUCUUUUAUUCGGGAAUAUUUAUCGCAUCCAUCCAACCAAUACGUCAAUUUGGCGCAAACUCUAGUUGAUUAUUCCAUUAAAUUGGGAUCGACCGACAACGUGACCCUUAUCAUUGUUUUUUUUGACAAAGAUCCAAGGCAAACCCUUUUUAAAGACUCAAGAGAGCGAGCUGAGACUGGAAGGCAUAAUAUCAAUGAAUUAGUUACCACCCAGACCUCAAAAUAACAAUCUAGAGGGCUACGCUACUUAUUCAUAAUGAAAUCCUUAGUUAUUAAA